GGAUAUAGGGUUUUAAUAAGCCCCGCCUCUUCCUUUCUGGACAAGAAUCGUUGGCCAACAUGGCUCCGAUUAAGAAGCAGGUCAUCAAAAAGACCAAAACAGGUGGCAAGAAGAAGAAGCAGGUCCUGAAGUUCACAUUGGACUGCACUCACCCAGUGGAGGAUGGCAUCAUGGAUGCUGCCAACUUUGAGCAAUUCCUGCAGGAGCGCAUCAAGGUCAACGGUAAAGCUGGGAACCUGGGUGGUGGUGUGGUGUCCAUUGAGAGGAGCAAGAGCAAAAUCGCUGUGAAUUCUGAAGUGCCCUUCUCCAAAAGGUAUUUGAAAUAUCUGACCAAGAAGUAUCUGAAGAAGAACAACCUGAGGGACUGGCUGCGUGUGGUGGCCAACACCAAGGAGAGUUACGAACUGCGCUACUUCCAGAUCAACCAGGAUGAGGAGGAGGAGGAGGACGAAGAUUAAAUCCAUGCCACUGUCUUUUGUCAAUAAAAUUUCAAAGGAA